AUGCAUGAUCGAGGUGUCAUGAAGACUUAUCACCAUGAGAAUGCUUUGCUUGGGAUUGACAAGGAGAAGCAACCAAAGGUGUUAAGGUGCUUUUCGAAGUAUGUAAAGGGAAGGGUUGAGGCUGCUGGUUUAUUGCCUUUGAUGACAUGCAUCUUUCCCUCGGUGGACAAGACCAUGUUGUCGGCGUUUUCGGAGAUAUGGAAGCUAGAGACUUCCUCUUUUCAUCUACCAUUUGGGGAGAUGACCAUCACAUUGGAUGAUGUUAGUUCUUUGCUACACAUUCCUGUGGAGGGAAAAUUCUUCACUCUCCCAACCCUGACUUGUGAGGAAGCAACCAUAAUACUAGUUAAGCAGCUAGGUGUUACACGAGAUGAGGUUGCAGAGGAGAUCCGGAGGUCCUUAGGACCUUAUGCUCGGUCUUCAUGGCUCUUGAAGGUGGUUGAGGAGAUGGCUGAAAAAGGAUUGACCAAGAAAGCUGCUAGAGCCUUCUUGUUGCGCUUGGUGAAGAUGACAAUCUUCUGUGGGAAGACAAACAGCAAGGUGGAGGUUUCAUAUUUGGGGCUGUUUUUGGGCUUGGAAAAGGUUGGGGAGUUUGCAUGGGGCGCCAUGGAAUUGGCUUACCUUUAUGACCAGCUUAAGGAAGCUACGAAGCUAAGAACCAAUAGCAUUGGAGGCUACUUGAACUUGUUUCAGGCAUGGAUAUUUGAGCAUUGUCCCACCAACUUGUUUGAUAGGAAUGUGUGUCUUUAUAGUGGCUGGAUUCGCCAUUCAGGCAUGAUCCGACCAUACGUGCCAGAGCGUGUGAUGAGGCAGUUCCAAAUGCUCCAGGAUCAACCCAAUUUACCACCAGCUAACAUUCCCCCUAUUGAGGAGAUUGAUAAUUUGGAAAAGGAGGCUGAUGAUGAUGAUAGUGGCAGUGGAGAUGCAAUGCAUGGUGGUGGUGGCCCUGACAAGAAAAGGAAAGGAAAAGUGGCUGAGGUUUCUUAA